AUGUUUACUCCAAUGCUGGAGCUAGAAGAUGAGGAGGUGGAGUGGCAGAAGAGCAGGCAGCUGGUGGGUGGAUGUGCCUUGAACACAGAAGGGGCAGCUGUAGGAGGAGGAGUUCUGGGGCCUGAUGAAGAGCUCCAUGAAGACAUGGAGGUUACUGGAAACACAGAGCUGACAUUCAAGACACGGCUCCUGUUCAUGCCUUCAUGGGAGAAGGUCUCCCUAGUAGUAGAAGCCCAGCAUUAUGGUUCUCAGGUUCAAGUGUUAGCUACAUUGCACCGUCAUUGUACAGACCUGCUGGCCUGGAGCAGGCCCCACUCAGUGCCUGGAUACAGAGCACAGGACUCAGCCCUUCAGGCUGAACAAGAUAUAGCAAGUGAUGAGGUCCUCACUGUCAUCAAAGCCAAAGCCCAGUGGCCAGCCUGGCAGCCUCUCAAUGUGAGAGCAGCACCCUCAGCUGAGUUUUCAGUGGACAGGACACGCCACUUAAUGUCCUUCCUGACCAUGAUGGGCCCCAGUCCUGACUGGAAUGUGGGCUUAUCUGCAGAGGAUCUGUGCACCAAGGAGUGCGGCUGGGUCCAGAAGGUGGUACAAGACCUGAUUCCCUGGGAUGCCGGCACCGACAGCGGGGUGACUUAUGAGUCACCGAACAAGCCCACAAUUCCCCAGGAGAAAAUCCGGCCCUUGACCAGUCUGGACCAUCCUCAGAGUCCUUUCUAUGAUCCAGAGGGCGGGUCCAUCAUUCAAGUAGCCAGAGUUGUCAUUGAGAGAAUUGCUCGGAAGGGGGAGCAAUGCAAUAUUGUGCCUGACAAUGUCGAUGACAUUGUAGCUGACCUGGCUCCAGAAGAGAAAGAUGAAGACGACACCCCUGAAACCUGCAUCUACUCCAACUGGUCCCCAUGGUCCGCCUGCAGCUCUUCCACCUGUGACAAAGGCAAGAGGAUGCGGCAACGCAUGCUGAAGGCACAGCUGGACUUGAGUGUCCCCUGCCCUGACACCCAGGACUUCCAGCCCUGCAUGGGUCCAGGCUGCAGUGAUGAAGAUGGCUCCACCUGCACCAUGUCCGAGUGGAUCACCUGGUCACCCUGCAGCAUCUCCUGUGGCUUGGGCAUGCGGUCCCGGGAGAGGUAUGUGAAACAGUUCCCGGAGGAUGGCUCUGUGUGCACACUGCCCACUGAGGAGACUGAGAAGUGCACCGUCAACGAGGAGUGCUCUCCCAGCAGCUGCCUGAUGACGGAGUGGGGAGAGUGGGAUGAGUGCAGCGCCACUUGCGGGAUGGGCAUGAAGAAGCGGCACCGCAUGGUCAAGAUGAGCCCAGCAGACGGCUCCAUGUGCAAGGCUGAGCCAUCCCAAGCAGAGAAGUGCAUGAUGCCUGAGUGCCACACCAUCCCAUGCUUGCUGUCUCCAUGGUCUGAGUGGAGCGACUGCAGUGUGACCUGUGGGAAGGGCAUGCGGACUCGCCAGCGGAUGCUCAAGUCUCUGGCAGAACUUGGAGACUGUAAUGAGGAACUGGAGCAGGUGGAGAAGUGCAUGCUGCCAGAGUGCCCCAUUGACUGUGAACUUACGGAGUGGUCCCAGUGGUCGGAAUGUAACAAGUCAUGUGGGAAGGGCCACAUGAUUCGAACCCGGAUGAUCCAACUGGAACCUCAGUUUGGAGGUACACCCUGCCCAGAGACUGUGCAGCGAAAGAAGUGCCGAAUCCGGAAAUGCCUUCGAAAUCCAUCCAUCCAGAAGCUGCGCUGGAGGGAGGCCAGAGAGAGCCGGCGGAGUGAGCAGCUGAGGGAAGAGUCUGAUGGGGAGCAGUUCCCAGGUUGUAGAAUGCGCCCUUGGACAGCCUGGUCAGAAUGCACCAAGUUGUGUGGAGGAGGGAUUCAAGAACGCUACAUGACUGUGAAGAAGAGGUUCAAAAGCUCCCAGUUUACUAGCUGCAAAGACAAGAAGGAGAUCAGAGCAUGCAAUGUUCAUCCUUGUUAGCGGGGGUUACAAGUUCCCCAGGGCUGCACUCCAGAUUCCAGUCACAAAUGGUUGGACUGUUUGCUUGUUUAAGACGAUUUAAAUUGUGUCCACUAGUUUUCAUUUUGCAGUGUGGUUUGCCCAAUAGUCUUGUGGAUGCCAAGACCAUCCUGUCUGAAUACUUCGGGGUGGGUACAGGGUUCCCUAAUGGGGCUCCCUCACCCUCACCCGGCCUUGUUCCUGCACAGAAGUGAAUAGUCAGUCACCUUGUACUAAACUGAAGUAUGUCCCUCUGGAGCAUCUACCUGGCCAAGCAGGAAAAGACCCUGGCCUCCUCCACAUGGAGAGGCCUCCUCCGUGUCUGGAAAUGACUGUGUGUCUGGGUCCUAGGGUGCAGCAUGUAGGAAACACACCCAUGUGAUACAGAGAGCAGAUUCUCCUUUCUCAUCUUCAGCCUGUUCUCUCUUGCAGAAAACUUCCGUUGGCCUCUCUUCACUUAGUGGGACUUUAGGUCUCUUGUCAAGUCUCCUCAGACACAAGUUCUUGGGGAAAACAGUCCACUUUGAAGAGGUACAUCAAUGCUAAGUGGCUUUUAUUCUUACAUGAAGAAUACAUUUAUCUCAUCUCCUAAUAUUUGUUCCUAAUACCCCAAAGGAAGAAAUGAUAGCUACUUUAUUCAAACGUAAAGGUGACUGUGUGUAAAAGUAGUUUUCCCUUGAUUUUGUUUCUGUUGUUUUAUUUUUUGG